CGAAACCGGCGGUUGGAUGGGGGGAGAGAGAGAGACGGCGACCGAAGAGGGAGAGCUUACCUGCGAGCAUAAAAAGGAGAGAGAUCCCCAAUGUCUCCGUCGCCAUCAGCAAGAUCGCUCGCCGCUUGAUAUUUUUAUCUACAAAGGAUAAGAUCGUCAUACUGUGGUCAGCCAUGUCAACUGUAUCGGAUGCAUUUCUGAGAAAUGACUCCUUCAGAAGUAACAGUUUGAGGAGUGAAUCUUUUUCAGACGAGAAAGACACGGGUAUUGUACAGGAGGUUGGUUGCUUAUCCAUAAUUGUGCUGGGUGCUUCAGGUGAUCUUGCCAAGAAGAAAACAUUUCCUGCGCUCUUUCACCUUUUUAAACAGGGAUUCUUACAAGAGAAUGAUGUGCACAUUUUUGGUUAUGCCCGGUCAAAGCUAUCAGAUGAGGAUUUAAGAGAACGCAUAUGUGGAUACCUUGGGCAAGCUGCUUCAACUGAGCCAACAGAGGUUCUAUCAAGGUUCUUGCAAUUGAUUCAAUAUGUUAGUGGUUCAUAUGACAGUGAGGGUGGUUUUCAACUAUUAAAUAAGCAAAUUUCUGAGCAUGAGAUAUCAAAACGAAGUGAGCCAGGAACCUCCCGCAGGCUAUUUUACCUGGCACUUCCUCCAUCAGUUUACCCUUCUGUCUGCAAAAUGAUAAGAAGAUACUGCAUGAACCAAUCUGAUCUUGGUGGGUGGACACGCAUUGUGGUUGAGAAACCUUUUGGAAAGGACUUGAAAACUGCAGAAGAUUUAAGUUCUCAGCUUGGAGAACUAUUUGAUGAAAAAGAGCUUUACAGAAUUGAUCACUACUUGGGAAAGGAGUUGGUUCAGAACUUGCUGGUACUACGUUUUGCAAACCGCCUCUUUUUGCCCCUUUGGAAUCGAGAUAACAUUGACAAUAUACAGAUUGUGUUCAGAGAGGACUUUGGAACUGAAGGACGGGGAGGAUAUUUUGAUGAAUACGGAAUCAUUCGUGAUAUCAUUCAAAAUCAUUUGCUUCAGGUACUUUGUUUGGUUGCCAUGGAGAAACCCGUUUCACUUUAUCCUGAGCACAUUCGGGAUGAGAAAGUGAAGGUUCUUCAAUCAGUGAUACCAAUAAAACUUGAAGAGGUCGUACUUGGACAAUAUGAAGGCUACAAAGAUGACCCAACAGUUUCUGACAGCUCAAACACCCCAACAUUUGCAACUAUUGUUUUUCACAUAUACAAUGAAAGAUGGGAAGGUGUCCCUUUUAUUCUCAAGGCCGGAAAAGCUUUAAAUUCUAGAAAAGCAGAAAUUCGUAUUCAAUUUAAAGAUGUUCCUGGGGAUAUCUUUGAAAGUAAAAGGCACGGGAGAAAUGAAUUUGUCAUUCGCCUGCAACCGUCAGAAGCCAUGUAUAUGAAACUAACAGUCAAGAAACCUGGACUGGAAAUGUCAACCAUACAGAGUGAACUAGAUUUAUCUUAUGGGUUGAGGUAUCAAGAUGCCAACAUCCCAGAGGCAUAUGAGCGAUUAAUCUUGGACACAAUAAGGGGUGACCAACAACAUUUUGUGCGCAGAGAUGAACUGAGGGUGGCAUGGGAGAUAUUCACUCCUCUUUUAAACAGUAUUGAAGAGGGGAAACUGAGGCCUAUUAUGUAUAAACCAGGCAGCCGUGGUCCAGCAGAGGCAGAUGAGUUACUUGCCAAAGUGGGAUAUGUGCAAACUCAUGGUAUAUUUCCCAUCAUGUUUGUGAGCCUAUGUAUCUAUGAGCACAGAGCUGUGAAUGGCUGAAUGCUUUGUGUCAGAUAAUAUGGUUCUCUAAUGAGUAGCAGUAUUUCAUGUUUUUCUUUCUUGUGCUUA